AUUUGGCAACCUGUGGAGGGCGUGGCCAGCUGUCAGUCAUCGACAGAUUCUGCCAGCAGACACGCAGAGCUUUCUGGACCAGCGAGAAAGCGACGAAUAAUUUGUUUGUUAGACGAGCGUCUCCUCAAAGCGAAGACCACAACAUACAGGAUGAGAGUUUAUGUGCAAGUGGGCGUGGUAUUCGUUCUGGCCCUUAUUGGCCUGGGGUCUGCUCUUAGGUGUUACACCUGUACAGAUUACUCUGGCAGUUGUACUACCACUGGUACCUGUGGGGGUCAACAGGAUGGAUGCCUGACAUUGGUAGAGAGAAAUGGGAAAACCUACCGCCAGUGUAUCCGUUAUUCAGAAUGUGAAUACAGUAACCUCGGGACCAUGUUUUCCUCUGUGUCCAACUUCAAGUACAAUUGCUGCACCAAAGACUUGUGUAAUGGUGCAUCUGUAAGCGCAGCCAAGACUUCGGUCAUUGCCUUGCUCCUUUCUCUGGCUCUUUUCUGGUGGUGCAUAUUUUAAUGGCACAUAGUCAGAUACUGCCUGCUUACACUGGGUGUAACAAUACUAGUCCUUAGUGUUAUACUUUAAAGGGACUUUACAGUCUUCUGUAAAGCUUAACAGCUUCUUAUGUAAUAGCAUAAUAUCAACAGAUUCACGUUAAUAAAAUAAAUAGUUCAUAUUAAUGCCAUUUCAGUACAAGGCUUUUAUAAACUUGUGUUAAAUCUUCUCUGAGGAAGUGGAAUUGUAUAGGCUACAUGAUUUUUUUCCAUCAACCUAUAAUUUUUAGAGUAAUUUAAAAUCAAUACAUCAAAUAAAAUAAAAGUAGAAGGGACAAAACUAUUUUCAAAGAAAUUUUCAGUACAGACUGUCUGGAGAUAUUUAUAUGUGACAGAAUAAAAUUUGAUUGAAACAAAUAAAAGAAUAGUCUAAACUAAAUUCUUAGUAUUGGAUAUUUAUUCAUCUAAAUUCUUAAACCUGUUUUGUUUAGUUUUAAAGGAAACCACUGAAGUGCUUUUUAAAAUCAGGUAGCAUGGUUGUGCACUAACAUCCUUAUGGAUGGACAUUGCUUUUUAAAAUCAAUCUAUUUUAUACAGCAUUUAAUACUACUGAUAUUAUUGGCUUUGUUCUGUUAGAAGAGUCUAACUUAGUCUCUCCAUAAUAGUGGGCUUUGGAACUUGAAACAGAAAGGGAAUACUGUAUUUGUACACUGAUAUGCAGGAAUUUUUUUUCCUAAGUUCAGUAUUAUAUUUCCUAGAAGUGUACAGCAAAUAAAAAAAACAACUUUAAACUCAA